CAGCGGUGGUGUCCUCAAGUAGCUUCUCGCACUGCCCUGACAGGUCACGUAAGGACACUGGCAGACAGCCGGGUCGGAUAACCAAUGACUUCAAGGCACCCUUUAAACAGUACUUCAUAUCAUAUGUAUAUCCGGGCAGAGUAUAAUGAUAUCCACCCCACAAGUGUAUCAUAUAGCUGUAUAGUAGAGUUAAUUUACGCCAGUUUACAAAAAAACAUUAUAAACACCGAGAGUCGCCGGGGAAUGACGUCAGGACGUAUCACAUUGAAUGAUGACGCUGUUUGAUCAUUAAAAAAAUGGGCCGUAAAAAUAUCAGAGAAUUAGGUCAGAAAACUAACACAUUACCAGCCGCCAAGUAAUGAAUGUAAUUACGGUGCGUUUGAUAUUACAUUACAAAUACGCGUCCUGGGCAUAAAAUAACCUGCUCCGACGAGAACAGAGAUGUUCGGUGUUUCCAGCAUCUGCAAACGUGAACUGUAGCCGUUAGACCGGUCCGUCCGUCUGCCUCUCUCCGCUGGCUGCGGGAGACCCGCAAGCCCAAAUAACGUGAAUGCUGUUGUAGCCCUGGCCAGGCGGGGGCUGAAUGGUUAACCGGGGGUAGGGAGAGACAACGACAGAUACCACCGGACAGAACCUGGGGGCUGUUCUGCCGAGAGCCAGGAAAUUAUUCUUCGCCUCGUCUCGACAGGCUGGUCGCAACACCGUGCACAUUUCAGUAGUUCCAUAGAAAUAAAUAAUUCAGGACUCUAGCAUGUGAACACAACCAUUUAAGACGUGGGUCUUGACACUUCUGUCAGACAUCGUCUUUACCCUGAGGAAAAGUAGACAGAGCGUGGCUGACAAUGUCAAGCCGUCGGAAAUCAACCACACCUUGCAUGGUGUUGCCCUCUGAUGUGGUGGAGCAGGAAGAGUUGGAGGAGAAAACAGAAAGGGUGAAAGAGGAAGAGGCAGAGGAGGAGGAGGGGAAGGUGAAGGAGGGAGCAGAGGAGGGGCUAACUGCUGAGGAGCUUGGUCAGGCUGUAGUGGUUGUCCCCACACCACCAGAUACAGAUGAGCCCAGUGUCUCUGCUGUAGAAGACAGUGAAGUACUUGGACCCUCACAAAAGCACAGCACUACAAACCCCCCUGAGGGUCUGAACAGCGACCAGCCAACCCAGGAACAACAGUGUGAUGCACCGGAGGAAGGAGGAGCAGACCCUGCGUCGGUUGCUGCCAUCUCUCUCAGCAAGACCCCCAUCAUGAGAAUGAAGACCAAGUCAGAACCGAAGAGGAUCGCUGUGGCCUUGAAAUCAACGGACGAAGCUGUGGAAGGUUUAGGAGCAGGUGGCGAGGGAGAAGUGGGAGGAGAGCAGGAGCCAAUAGAAGCUCCUCUGGGGCCGAUGACACCAGUGGAGAUGCUUCUGCAUGACUCCAUGAAGCUCGGAGGAGGCGGCUUGCUGGUCAGCCCGCCCGCAGAGCCGCAGAGGAAAUCAGCCAUUUUAAACCCCACAGUUCUACCUGCUGGCCUGGCACAGGUGCUUUCUGGCUUCCAGGCCCAGCAGGUACUGAUUCCGCUCAGCAGCAUCCCCUCCUACAGUGCCGCUAUGGACACCAGCCCUCUGCUGGGCAGCACAUACAAGAAGUUUCCUUACCCUUCCAUGGCUGAGAUCAGCAGCCUGGCAGCACAGACACCGUUCACAGAGGAGCAGAUCAAGGUGUGGUUCUCAGCUCAGCGACUGAAGCACGGUGUCAGCUGGACCCCAGAGGAAGUGGAGGAGGCCAGGAGGAAACAGUUUAAUGGCACGGUGCACACAGUGCCUCAGACCAUCACUGUCAUACCUGCUCACCAACUCUCAGCUGCUGCCAACGGCCUGCAGUCCAUUCUGCAGACGUGCCAGAUAGUGGGCCAGCCCGGCCUGGUGUUCACACAGGUAGGUAAGGACAGGUCGGCCCAGGGAGCACCCGCCCCCCCCCCCCAGACGGGGGGGGGCCCCCCCAGCCAGUCCCAGAGCUCCAACAGAGUUUCCUGCCAGCCAACAAACAGUGAGCUGAAACGGGCCACCACUGUGCAACCUCCCUCUCUUUCUCCACAGGAGAACUCUGCCCUCAGCGCUGACACAUUCAGUAUGCGGCCUAAGAAGUCCAAAGAGCAGCUGGCAGAACUGAAAGCCAGUUACCUGAAAAACAACUUUGUCACUGAUGCUGAAAUUGCCCGGCUGAUGAAGCUCACCAACCUGACCAAAGGAGAGAUCAAGAAAUGGUUCAGUGACACCCGGUACAACCAGCGCAACUCAAAGAACAGCCAUGUCAUUGUUUUCCAUGAGGGAGGGGGUAGAGGAGGGGGCAGCUGCAGUAGCAGUGCUAGCACCACCAUUGUUAUUGACUCGAGUGAUGAGACCCCCACAUCUCCCCAUCCUCCACACACUCCUCCUGUGAAAGAGACACGGCCAAAGACGUGGAACCCAUUCCCAGACUUUACUCUGCAGAAGUUUAAGGAGAAGACGCCGGAGCAGCUGGUGGUGCUGGAGGAGAGUUUUGAGAAGAGCAGCACCCCAUCAGAUGAAGAACUGAGCCGCCUGAGGACUGAGACUAAACUGACACGGAGGGAGAUUGACGCGUGGUUCACUGAGAGGCGAAAAAUGCCGUCUGUCAGCACCUCCUCCCCAGAUUCCUCAGAAGGAGGGAAGAUGGAGACAGACGGAGCCAAAACAGGAGAAGGAGGAGGAACGGGAGGAGCAGCCUGUAAAAAGUCUCCAGAGCAGCUCCAUAUUCUCAAAAGUGCCUUUGUGCGUACCCAGUGGCCUACACCAGAGGAGUACGAUCAGCUGGCACAAGAGAGCGGCCUUCCUCGGUCCUACAUCGUCAGCUGGUUUGGGGACUCUCGGUAUUCCUGGAAAAAUGGAAACCUGAAAUGGUUCUUUCAGUACCAAAGCGGCAACACUGAGGGGGCGAAUGUCGGAGGGGGCAGUAAAAUGGGAAACAGCAGUGGGCGAAAAAGACGUAGCCGAAACCGUGGUUGGGGUCGAUCCCGCACCAGGAAGCAGCCAAGAAGGUCUGCUUCCUCCAGUGCAGAUGUUGACAGAUCUCCCCCGUUGAAGAAAUUCAAGAGCGGGAGGGAGAUCCUGAAGGAGUACUACCUGAAGCACCAAUUCCUCAAUGAGCAAGACCUCGACGAGCUUGUUACCAAGACUAACAUGAGCUACGAACAGGUGAGGGAGUGGUUCGCUGAGGUCCAGCGACGCUUGGACGUGGGCUCAGAUCCUUUCCAGGAGUUGGCUGCAGCAAGGAAGGACGAAGACGGUGGAGAGCAGGAGGGGGAAAAGACGCAGGGCAAGACGUCGACGGCCACUGAGGAGCAGACCUGCACAGGGAUGGGAGAUGAAGAUGACGAUGAAGACGAUGAGGAGGAUGACGGCGAUGAUACAGAUGACAGUGAGGUUUGGGAACCAUCACGUAGCGUCAGGAAGUCCUUGUCAGUCUCUGAAGACUAAUGAUUGUGGAACGCAUGGGAACACAUCACAGAAUGUUACAGAUACAUCAGUUUAAAAAACUCCUGGGAUGAUCAGUGCUGGACGAAGGCUAAACCAAGUCUUUUUUUGCCACUGACUUGCAUGUGUACACGUUUGCAACAUAAACAGUUUCUUCAAACUGUUUGACUCACAUCCACAUGAGAUUAAUCGAAGGACCAUUAGCUUUAGCUCACUCUGUCACUGCUUUUCUUAUGAACUGUAAGUAAUGUGUAACAGGUUAGACAAUAAUCAUGGUAAAAAAAGACGACGUUUUUGGCAAAUCUGCAGUGGUAUGCCAAACUUUGAUGAAGCUAUGAACAGCAGUUACACAUUAUCUUUUCUAAAAGGGUUCCAUGAAGUGCAAUCUUCAAGCUGAGCUGACAAUGAAAACUUGUUGAGGUAAGAUGAAAUAGUUACAAAAACAUGGUGUAUCCUGACCCAUGCAUACACCUUAAUGAAUACUGACUGGUGUAAAUGGGAGACUUUAGGAGGAACUGACAGUUUUAAUGGCCACCUUGCUUCUUAUUAAAGUUGCAGUCCUUGCUUGCUUAAAUGAAGCUAGUAAGUGUGCCACUGAUGCUGUGUCUCCUGGAGAGGCAGUGUUCGUUAUGCCGUUGUGAGUACAGGCGUCAGUCUCCAGUGUUAGGAAUGUUUCAUCCAUGGUUCCAAACUAACUGUACACACAGGAAAAAAAGACUUACCUGUUGUGUUUACAGCGGUGCUUAAAAACCUACCACAGCUAGAUCUCACUGCUGAGCAAUGUCCCCAGUGAAGCUGGCCGACAUCUGUUAGUGGAGCUGGUUACUUUUACAUGUCACACUGUCUUGUUUUUCUAGCAUCUGUGAAGAUCACUGCAUAGACCAGGUUGUUUGAGAUGACGUGGAUUAAUAAUGACAUUACAGGUCAGCCAUUUUAUCUCUUUAAAGACCUAACAUGAUAGGUGAAAAAGUACCUUAAUGCUGAAUGAAUGCCAAUGCCAUGAUGCUUUUAAAUAACACAAGAUGUCUACUCAAGUCUUCCCUAUAUAGCAGCUCUUUGCUCAUUAAUAUUAGUAUUAUAGAUUUUAACUAAACACCUGCAGAUCUGAUGGAAAAAUGCCACAGUAUGUGUUUAAUAUGCACUGCUAUUAAUGUUUUUAAAUAACUUUUUCACAUUUUGAUAGAAUUCAUCCUGUGAUUUUUUUUUAAAGGGGGCUAUGUAGAUUUAGAUGUUAUGAGGCUGUUGUGCCAAAGUUGAAUGUGUUGUCUCCUGAGCAGUGAGCUGCAGCCUGAGGCAAAGACACCAUUGGUGAACUAAAUAAUGGCCACUGUGACACCUGGUUCCACUGAAAUAUGACGAGAAGCAGAAACAAUUGUGCCGCAUUGUUGCACUUAGAGUUUACUCAUGGUGGCCUUCUGAUGGAUAGAAUGGAUGGACUGAAUUUUUACAAUGUGGAUAUGUAACCACAUAGAUGUAAGCAGCAGCUGCAACUCUAGUGCACAUUUAUAGCUAAUCAGUCCACAGGUUGACAGGACUGACCUGUACUUUAAGAAACACUGUCUAACAGUAUUUCAAAUUAUAAUUUGACUCCAGUCUGCACUCAUGAGAAAAACGUGAAGCACCCAAAUUUUAAAAAUGCACUUUGGUCCACUCGUGUUCAUAGUGGACUAAAAUCUGAUUUGGCACCUUAAUCUCUUAUUAUACCAUGAAAUGGCUCUGAGAGACCAAAUCUGUUUUGUAUGACUAACUGAACCAGUAUUUUGCCUUUUUAUCCUUAGUGUGUGUUCAAGUGGUGGAAUAUUACCAGUUUAUCCACUUUUCUAAUACUACGUGUUGUUUCGUAUUUGGAUGUUUAUAUGGCUCAAAACGACUAGCAGAACAAUCACUCACAGCUUUCUUUGACUAAAUGGCACAGUUUGAGCCUUGUUUUUAAUCAUUUCUCCUUUUGAAAAGAUGUCUUAUUUUUUUGUCAUUAUGUUUUGUAUUGUUGCUUUAAAUAAUGGGAAUUGUCUCCGAUCGCUCCUCUGCUGCCGCUGUCUGUCUCCUUACCCCUCCAGCUCACUUUUCUAAAACGAUUGUCUAGAACUUAGAACGUGCACUUCCCAACACAUGUUUCUAUAAAAUGUUAUCAGUGGUUCUCUGUCUCAUGUUCUCUUGUCUCCAAUACAUGCAGACAGACAGACGGGGCUAUAGGGACAUCUUCAAAAGACUGAAUCUGUUCAGAAAAUUUAAAAAGUUAUUCUCAAACAAUCACUUUCUCUUGUGGAAGGAACUGAUGUGAUGUCUGAAGAAGCAGCACAGA